AUGCAUACUGUUGGGUGUUUUUGAGUAUGAUAUGAUACAUGUACAUCAUACUGUUGGGUGUUUGUGAUUAUGAUAUGAUACAUAAAUACAUGUACACCAUACUGUUUGGUAUUUGUGAUGAUUAUUUCAUCAGAAUUACAUCAUCAUUCUUGGUUUUUGUGAUAUGACAUCAGGUGUAUACAUCACCUGUCGGUUCGUAGAAAGCUUCACGCAGCACAACCAGUUAAUUGUUCCUGUGUGAUGUUUUGAUUACUAGUAUGGUAUGUUUUCUGUCACCUUCAUCACACAAGUGAUCAGGGAAGUGUAGUUAACACAAAUCAAUUUUCUGUUGCCAAUUGGAAACAAAGCCAAAACUGCCUAAUUCACAGUUUCAACGAUAAAAUUUUGUGUUUACAGAGUUUGGAGUUUUUAGAAUAUUUUCACUGCAGACUAAUAUUGUAAAACACCAUUUUCCAAAGUCUAAUUCCCUAAUAAAGAAGUCAGAGACAAUGUUGGAGGUCUGAAGUUAAGAUCAAAAUGAAUUGUAGUAAAACUGAAGGACAAAAUUCACUAUAUAACAUCAACCCUGUAGUUUGCAAAAAUCUUUUCUAAAAUUCCUUUGGUGGGGGAUCUAAAUGACUAUGUCCUUGUUUUCUCACAGGAUAUAGUAAAAAUUACUUUUGGGGGGUGGGGAAGAUGUUGUGCAUUGAAUAUCUUAAUUGGUUUUAUUUUCCUAAUAUAUUACGCUCAUUCAUAAUAAUGCUGCCUUCCAUUUCUAAGUUCUGCAGGCUAACUGAUAAAAAUUGCUUUUGCUUUAAAACUGAGGAAAAGUAUUAUAUUAGUUAUGAUAUGUGUCACUUUUCACACGUGUUUAACAAAUUAUAACUGUUGACAUGUUAUGCGCUUUUAUACCCAGAAACACAAGCAAGAAUGCAAAAACUAAAAUGUUGAUGCAUCCUUAGAUGUAAAACCCAGAAAAGAUAGACACUGGGGAACAUCUCAUGAGCAGUCUAAAAAAAAUCUGUUUAAUCUCGCUAUAUAAAUUUAUUUUAACCAAACGUUUUUUACCUUGCAGUGCUAGUUUUAAGUAUUGGAGCAGAGCAUCUUUGUCUUGAAUAUAUUUAUUCUGAGUUAUGUAGGGCAUACAAAUAUACAAGGCAAACUUUAUGAAAUUUUUUGACACAUAUUCUUCAAAAAUAUUGAGUUCUUUACAUCUGGUGACCAUAACUAAUUAUACCCUUUUAACAAUAUUUACAUCACAUCAAUUGAUUGAACAUUAAAUCAUAUCAGCUGUAAAGAAGUGUUUUUUCUGAUUUUUAUUUUUUUUGUCCAGGUUUCUGAUGCAGUGUGUAAAUUCCUGCCUAUGCUGCUCAAAGCAUCAAGCAACAAGUGCAGCAUCAACUGUGUACAGUUUGGGGACAAGUCGAAAUAUUGUAGUUCUAUGAUGAGAAAUCUGUCCUUUGAAACAGGAGGUGAUGUAGUCGAUCCCACUCAAAUUCAGUGGCUUAGUCACUAUUUCAGACGACAGAAUGCCAUUGGUAAAGUCAUUGACUGGCGUUCACUUCCUGAGAAUAAGAAAGCAUCAGAUACAGAAGUUGGGGAAAGAAUUCAACUUGAACUUUCCAAUUGCACAAUUGAAGACUGCAAAGAACAGGAGCAGGUUGAAGAAGAAGUUUUGAACUAUGAUAUAACAGAAAGCAGAGAUGAAGACCAUGCUUGCCAGUCUGCCUCUGCCAUAAAAUCACAGGAAUCUGACUUUCCAUCUGCCAGACAGCCUGUCUUAAAGCCUGGAGACAAGGUCGGAAAAGGUCUUGACUGGAAUGAUGCCCAAAAUACUGAGGACUGUCGAUGUGAACGGGGAACAGUCAUCAACUAUAAUCAGAAACAAAGAAUAGUCAAGGUGAAGUGGGACAAUGGUACAGAGGACUACUAUCAGGAAGGUCAAAUACUGCUGCAGCAGGACACAGAUCAUCAGCAAAAGCCAAGGUGAGCACCAGAUUAUUGUACAUGUUCAAAGUCUUUGUAAAUGUUUGUGGUACUAGUGUGGAGUUAUUUCUGAGGUGAUUGUGUUACUAUGGAAGAGUUAAUUCUGAGGUGAUUGUGUUACUAUGGUAGAGUUGAUUCUGAGGUGAUUGUGUUACUAUGGUAGAGUUAAUUCUGCGGUGAUUGUGUUACUAUAGUAGAGUUAAUUCAGUGGAGAUUGUGUUGCUAUGGUAGGGUUAAUUCUGAGGUGAUUGUGUUUCUAUAGUAGAGUUAAUUCUGAGGUGAUUGUGUUAAUAUGGUAGAGUUAAUUCUGAGGAGAUUGUGUUACUAUUGUAGAGUUAUUUCUGAGGUGAUUGUGUUGCUAUGGUCGAGUUAAUUCUGAGGGGAUUGUGUUGCUACAGUAGAGUUAAUUCUGAGGUGAUUGUGUUACUAUGGAAGAGUUAAUUCUGAGGAGAUUGUGUUACUAUGGAAGAGUUAAUUCUGAGGUGAUUG